UGAUGCGAACCUUCUUGAUAGUGAUACAGAAACCAGACCUCCAAAAUCCCGUUCCCUUCGCUGGUCGCUAUUGCUGAGCCAUGGUGUACUGAUGUCCAUAACGAUGCUGUUCUUCACGCUAUGGGCACGGGCGCCUUCGAUAGAUGACGCGGUUCUGUAUUGUGGGUGGGCAGAUGGCGUCAAAUGACAGGAGCUUAUUUACCCUUCGCAGCUCCAGCCAAUGAGGCUAUUGAAUCCAUCGGCAUUAUCAGAUUCAACGGAACCCUGGACGCUACUUCCAUAUAUCGUGGUUCGUCUCCAGAAGUCAACGCUGCUUGGGAUAGGAUAGCUGUCGAUGUACGCCCAGUUCGUAUGACGCUUGAGCAACUACUCAGAACAGGGGAGAAACCUUCUCCCAGCAUGGCUAGGUAUCCGGACGAAUUCGGCGGAGGUUACAUGGCAACAGUGGAAGUCAUUCACCAGCUCCAUUGCGUAGACAUGCUUCGCAGAGUCACCUGGAGCAAAGACCAAUCCCAUGAUCAUGGCGCCCGCGAAUCCCACGAAGACUUCCGCAUUCAUCUCGACCAUUGCAUCGAAAUGCUCAGGCAGAUCAUUAUGUGUCAUGGUGACGUGACAAUGCUCACUUACGACUGGGUGAAGGGGUCUAAUGAUCCUUUUCCUAACUUCAACAUUCGUCACCAAUGCCGAAACUUUGAGAAGGUCUUGGAUUGGGUCGAUGAGCACCGCGUUUCUAUCCCUAAAUCCAAGAUGGUCCGCUUGGAGGAUAACGUCAAUUUGACUUCCCCUCCUUGAUUGCAGUCUUGACACGUUCUCUCCCGAUGACGGUUCUCGCGUAGAUCAUAAUAUGACGGUAUGUAGCGAACAACCACGAAUGCCCUUGAGUACUUUGCAAAGUCCAAUGGAAAUGCUGAAUACGAUCGUCUGCAAAAGAAUAAUUGAGC